AUGCCAGACCGACCCAAAGUUGUGUGUUACCCCGUGUGUUUGAAGCUGAUCUCGCGGCUCAGCGCGGGCACUUUAACGGCACUCCUGUCAACAGCCCCGCUCACUGGCCCGGGGGUAGAACGCCAGAGGCAGACAGUCUGGGCACUGAGUGCUCUGUUGCCCCCCUCCCUCACAUGCCCGCUGCAGAAUGGGCUCGCUUUCGCCAAGCGCGCUCCAGGAUCAAGUCUUCCAAACAGCCACCGUGUCUGGGACACGCUGGUCAGGUUCUGCCAAGACGUGCUGCCAUGGCGACCAUUGGAGAGCAAAGACAUGAGCUGUGUGACUCGCCUCUUCCUCAUCAGGCGACUCAGGAGGAGGACGGAGAUGGCAAACGGAUCCUUCAAAGUCAAAAUGUUGUUGCCCUGCCUGAUGACCGUCCUGCUUGGCCUGCUUGGACCUGCACAUGGUGAAUACGAGCCCAGUGGGGUGUGCUAUGACCGCCUGGGCUGCUUCUCGGACAGCCUGCCCUGGGCCGGCACUGUGGAGAGGCCAGAGCCCCGCCUACCCUGGAGCCCCGAGCAGAUCGCCACCCGCUUCCUCCUCUACACGCCACAGAACCCUGAACAUUACCAGGAGAUCUCUGCCAGUCGGGAGGUCCUGGAGGUGUCCAACUACUCGCCCAGCAGGAAGAGUCGUUUCAUUAUCCAUGGCUACAUCUCCAAGGGUAACCAGAACUGGCCCUCGGAUAUGUGCAAGCUCAUACUGCAAGUGGAGGAUGUUAACUGCAUCAGUGUGGACUGGACAGUGGGGGGGCGGAGCCAGUACCCCCAGGCAGCCAAUAACAUCCGUGUGGUGGGAGCCCAGGUGGCCGAUAUGAUGUCAGUCAUGAAGAGCUCUUUCCAGCAGUCGGCGGGUGAGAUGCAUGUGAUUGGUCACAGUCUGGGUGCUCAUGCUGCAGCAGAGGCUGGACGCAGGACCAAGGGGCUCGGACGCAUCACAGGUCUGGACCCCGCUGAGCCCUACUUCCAGGGCUGUCCAGCUCAGGUGCGUCUGGACCCCACUGAUGCCAAAUUCGUGGACGUCAUUCACAGCGACGCAUCUCCUUUCGGCUCCAACCUCGGCUUUGGCAUGUCCCAGACCGUCGGCCAUGUCGACUUCUACCCUAACGGCGGAGAGCAGAUGCCCGGCUGCCCUCAGAACGCUGCCGUAGAGAACGUGGACCCCAACAACAUCUGGGAAGGCACCCGUUUCUUUGUGGCCUGUAACCAUCAGAGGUCUUAUCAGUACUACAGCGACAGCAUCCUCAACCGCAGUGGAUUCACGGGGUACCCCUGCAACGACUUCAGCACCUUUGAGUCGGGAAGCUGUUUCCCAUGCUCCGAGGGUGAGUGUCCUGUCAUGGGUCACUUUGCUGACACCUUUAAGAUUCCAGAUGGCGUCAGCAAGAUGAGAUAUUUCAUGAGCACGGGAAAAAACGCUCCUUUCGUCCGUUAUCGUUACCAUGUCAACGUUACCAUCGACGGCACCCGCAGGAACCCGGGCUACUUUAAGGUGGCUCUGUACGGUGCAUCCGACAACACACGCCAGUACAGGAUAUUCAUCGGCUUCCUGAAGCCUGGCGGGAGCUACGACGCGUUUGUGGACACGGAGAGGGACGUCGGGGAGGUGACCCACGUGAAGUUCGUCUGGAACAACAACAUCAUGAACCCCAUGCUGCCGCGCUUCGGAGCCACGCGCAUACAAGUGCUGCGAGGGCAGGACAGCAGGACGUUUGAGUUCUGCGGGCAGGAAAAGGUGUUAGAGAACGUUCUUCAGACCCUUUCACCAUGUGGCUCUCCUUGACCAGUAAUAUCAAUAAAGAACACCAUGUGGCUCUCCUUGACCAGUCAUAUCAAUAAAGAACACCAUGUGCAUCUCCUUGACCAGUAAUAUCAAUAAAGAACACCAUGUGGCUCUCCUUGACCAGUAAUAUCAAUAAAGAACACCAUGU